AUGCUAUCGAGAGCCUGGUUUCAGUUCAUCCCAACGUUGAAUUUUCACGAGGAUACUUUUAUCCUAAUCACCUCUCUGCUACACCCAAAAUCACGUGGCCGAAUCAAGUGUUCACCCGCUUCAGUUGACGGACAGUCUCAACAUCCUGGUCCAUCAUUCUGGUCAACGUCGUCAUCGUCGACCCCAUCGCAAUCAUCACCUCUUCUGUCUAGCUCUCCCAAUGCUACGACUCCGCCUCUGCAGGCCAUCGAGGCUAAUCACUCUUUCGCAAACAGAGCUGAUGACGACAGCCUCAUUUAUUCUCAUUUCACGGCUAACUCCUCCAACAAUCACACAAAUCAAAUUAAAAAUAAUCCCUCCAUUUCCUUCAGCGAUUCUUCAUCCAACGACCUCUUCGACUCCCACCAAGAGCCCGGACACUUGGCGCCCUCCAACCGCAGAUCGGGUCAUAGCCCCAGGCAACAUGCCAACUCUACAAGAAAACCAAGUUCUCCUCCGAACAUGCCUCUUGCAUCUUCACAACCCGAGGGUCUAACAGCUGAUGGCGCCAAAUUCAAAGAUGCAAUGGAGCCGAAGUUAAUGGAUGAAUUGUGGUCGCAAGAGUGUCACCAGGCCAGACCAGAUCCCAACUAUCUGGCACAUCCCGAAGAUACCGCCAGAAUCGUUGAGGCCAUCUCCUGGCUUCACAAAGUGUUCAAUGGCUGGGGCCGAGUAGUGAUGGCCGCAGCCGAAAGGCCCGAAUUCUCACUGCCUGGCACGCAGAAGGAAGAUCCGACCAACAGCUCUAGGCUAUUCCGGAUAUUUCUGCCAAACUAUCCUGGUUUGUGUAGAAUUUAA